AUGGAAGCAAGGGUAGUAACCUUGGAAAAAGCUUAUGCUGCUGUAGAAGCACAAUUAGCCCAGCUGCAGCAAGCGCAAGUACCAACCGAUAAGUCCCAGGAUAAACAAUAUUUAUACCGAAAUUCGGAUAUCUACACCAAUUUAUGCACCAGUGUGCUACUUGAGAAUAAAUGUAAAGAUUUUAUAGAUAAAACUAUAUGUAAGCAGAAUAAAAGGGACGAAUGUACAAUACAAAUAUUAGAGAAAAAUAAUGCUCAAUGUAAAAUGAUAAAAGAAAAGAAUCCAACCUUUAUUAAUUAUGACUCUUUCAUUUCCGCCAACAAACGCCAUUUGUGUUGUGCCGAAGUGUUCCGGCGAAAUUUGAGUGCUCCAGGUGACCAUCCGCUCCAUCAUCGCCACGAAGACCAUGCAGUCAGUUCACCACCGCCACCCCGUCGCCGCAAGAGUUGUGUCGCCUAUCAAAUUGCCACCGUUGGCGAUCACUUGGAGAUUGUACCUCCCGCAGCCCCACCAAUAGCCACAAGGAAGCCCACUGCGCGCCAUUUUGGUCCUUCUGCGCCAGCAGACCCCGAACCAGCAGGAAGUAAAAAAUCCCUAUUGCAAACCAUGGACGACAGGGGAACCCCCACGCCAGCGCCGCGCACAUCGCUCAGGUCUAAAGUGGUAAUGACUCCCUCCCUGGAAGGCGAACCAUCACCUGGCUCUCAUCGCCACGAGGAGGACUAUCUGCGAUGUCGCUUGUGCACUCGUCACCACUCCCAAAAAUGUGCCCCGUAUUCGUAGGCAUGCAGCCGCAACAACGCUUUUUGUUAGCCAGGGCACAUAAAUAUUGCACCAAUUGUCUGGCUCUGUCGCACAUCACGGCCGAAUGCACAUCCAGUGGUAGGUGCAGAAUGUGCUCGCUACAACAUCACACACUCUUACACCGAAAUAGUACACCGGCAGCUCGCCGCACGAAG